CCCGAGGCCCUGCGCCGGGCGCCUGGCUGAAGGAUCGCCUCUCCGGGCGUCCUUCCCCUUGCGUCGGUGCCCCGGUCCUGGCUCGGUGGGACCGUCUCCAGACGCGUGGGGCAGCUCUCGACCGGCCGCAGACAUGAACUCGACUCCUGGGCUGCCUACUCCGGGCGCCUCGCUGGCUCUACGGGUGUCCUUCGUGGACGUGCAUCCCGAGGUGAUCCCGGUACAGCUGUGGGGACUGGUGGGUCAGCGGCGGGAAGAAUACGUGCGGCUGAGUAGGGAGAUCCAGGAGGCCGCCGCCACGCGCGGCCCAUGGGCGCUGGGUGGGGCCUCGGCAUCGCCGGGCGAACUGUGCCUGGUGCAGGUAGGGCUUAUGUGGCACCGGUGCCGCGUGGUCAGCCGCCAGGCGCAGGACAGCCGCGUCUUCCUGCUGGAUGAGGGCCGCACCAUCACGGCGGGCCCGGGCUCACUGGCCCCGGGGCGCAGCGAGUUCUUCCACCUGCCCUCUGAGGUGCUGGGCUGUGUGCUAGCCGGCCUGGUUCCCUCGGGCGGCGGUGGUACCGGCGGUGGCGAACCUCAACAGUGGUCCCCCACCGCAGUAGACUUCCUUAGCAACCUGCAAGGCAAGGAGGUGCACGGAAGGGUCCUGGACGUGCUGCUUCUCCAUCGCCUGGUGCUGCUGGAGGUGCCCGUUGUGUCUAAGCAGAUGGAGGAGCUGGGCCUGGCCAGGCAGGUGCCCGACAGCCUUUUCUGUUCGCUGCUCAAACGCUACCUGAGUGCGGCGGGGCUGGGCUGCCCCGGAGCUCCAGUUCUCCCGCGAGCCGCACCCAAACAAGAGCAUCCAGGGUUGGAUUACUUCUAUCCCCAACUCCAGCUGGGAGUGACAGAGCCCGUGGUGGUAACCCAAGUGUGCCAUCCCCACCGCAUUCACUGCCAACUCCGGAGCCUCUCGCAGGAGAUUCACCGCCUUUCUGAGAGUAUGGCCCAGGUAUACCGGGUGUCCAUAGGGACAGAGGAUGAAGACUCAGGCAGUGCCACCUGGGAGGAGAGGGAGGAGAGCCCAGACAAGCCGGGGUCUCCAUGUGCUUCCUGUGGCUUAGAUGGACAGUGGUACCGGGCUCUCUUGCUUGAAACGUUCAGGCCUCAACGUUGUGCCCAGGUGCUUCACGUCGAUUAUGGAAGAAAAGAACUAGUGAGCUGCAGCAGCCUUCGCUACUUGCUGCCCGAGUAUUUUCGAAUGCCUGUGGUGACCUACCCAUGUGCUUUGUAUGGACUCUGGGACUGUGGGAGAGGCUGGUCUCCGUCACAAGUUGGUGAUUUGAAAGCCCUGAUCCUGGGCCAGGCGGUGAAUGCCAAGAUUGAAUUUUACUGUUCCUUUGAGCACAAGUACUAUGUCACCCUGUACGGGGAAGAUGGAAUUAACCUCAACAGUGCAUUUGGACUACAAUGCUGUUGCUUGGCUGACCGAUUUCUUCAGAGCCAGGGGAUAGAGGAGGAAGAGGAGGAGGAGGAGGAAGAGGAGGAGGAAGUGGAGGUUGCAUUUCAGCCUCAGCCCCUCGCCGAGGAAAUGAAGGAGGAAGGUGCUCUCCCAUUCUUAAGGUCCAUCCGGUUGAAGAUGAACGCCUUCUACGAUGCCCAGGUGGAGUUUGUGAAGAGCCCUUCAGAGUUCUGGAUCCGCCUCAGAAAGCACAAGAACACCUUCAGCAAGCUGUUGAAAAGGAUGUGCAGCUUCUAUUCCUCUGCCAGUAAGCUGGACGGGGUUAUUUUGAAACCGGAACCGGAUGACCUCUGCUGUGUCAAAUGGAAAGAAAAUGGCUAUUACCGAGCCAUGGUGUCCCGGUUAGACAGCAAGAGUGUGGAUGUGUUCUUAGUGGAUCGGGGCAACUGCGAGAGCGUGGACUGGUGCGAUGUGAGAAUGUUGCUGCCUCAGUUUAGGCAGUUACCAAUAUUGGCUCUGAAGUGCACCCUGGCUGACAUCUGGCCUUUGGGGAAAACUUGGAGCCAGGAGGCGAUUUCAUUUUUUAAGAAGACAGUGCUCCACAAGGAGUUAGUGGUCCACAUUCUUGAUAGGCAGGCUCACCAGUACGUCAUCGAGAUCCUUGACGAAUCCAGGACAGGGGAAGAAAACAUAAGUAAGGUCAUCGCUCAAGCUGGGUAUGCUAAGUACCAGGAGUUUGAGACAAAAGAAAACAUCAGACCCAGUGUGCACUCCACGGGACACGUUUCAGGUCAUUUUAUCGCGGAGACUGGCAAAUUAUCUUCAGCCAAGGAGGGUGAUGGAGACCACAAAGCCAAGAAAGACCAGAAAACUCUGCCUGUUUCAGAAGCUUCGGCCAACACGGCAAACCUUUCGAAUGUUGCCGCCGGGCACAUUGCACGGGACAAGGAGAAGGUAGCAUCUGAUUCUUCCAUCCUCGCUCUGAAUUACCUGCAGAUGACGCCUGGCUGCUGUGGCAAAGGGGAGCUGGAGGUGGGCAGUACCUUUGAAGUCAAAGUGUCGCACGUGGAAAACCCUGGCUCCUUCUGGUGCCAGCCGAUGAGGAACGCGCAAGGGUUCAGAACACUGAUGUGUGACAUUGAGGACUAUUGCAAAAGCGAGCCAGCUCCCUACGAAGGGGACACCCGCGCUUGUCUGGCCAAGCGAACAGCAAACGGAAGAUGGUCCAGAGCUCUGAUUAGCGGGGCCCAGACGGUUGAGCACGUCAGGGUGGUGUUUGUGGACUAUGGAGACAAGGAUGUGGUAUCUAUGAAGGACAUCCUCUCCGUCAGUGAUGCCUUCCUCAAGGUUAGAGCUCAGGCGUUUAGAUGCAGUCUUUAUAAUUUGAUCCAACCCACAGGCGACAAUCCCUUUGUCUGGGAUGAGAAGGCAGUACAGGCCUUCAGUGGGUUUAUAGACAACGCCUGGCAGAACAACUUAGAAUUGAAAUGCACAAUCUUUGCUUUGGCGUCGAGGCACGAUGAAGAGUGGUUCCAUGUUGUGGACUUGCUCACGCCUUUCCAGAGCGCCUGCCAUUUUUUGGUAGAAAAGAGACUUGCCAGGCCUGUGAAGCUGCAGAAGGCCCUGGAACCGUCUGUUGAGCUACAUUCUUACUAUUAUUCCACCCACGACCUAAAAAUCGGAAGUGAAGAAUUGGUGUACAUAACGCAUGUCGACGACCCUUGGACAUUUUAUUGCCAACUAGCAAGAAAUACAAAUAUUCUAGAAAAGUUGUCAUACAACAUUAUACAGCUAAGCAAAGCCUUGCUGAAUUUACAGACAUCUACCUUGAUCCCUGGCACCUUGUGCCUCGCCAAAUACACUGAUGGAAACUGGUAUAGGGGAGUAAUAGUAGAAAAAGAACCAAGUAAAGUCUUCUUUGUUGAUUUUGGGAACACGCACACAGCAAGGGAUCAUCUUAUCCCCAUCCCUGGCGACGCCUAUGAUGUUUUACUUUUACCCAUGCAAGCUAUUAAGUGUUCGCUAUCUGAUAUUCCUCCUCACAUCCCAGCGGAAGUCACGGCGUGGUUUCAGGAGACGGUUUUGGAUAAGUCGUUGAAGGCUUUAGUCGUAGCAAAAGACCCAGAUGGGAGACUGAUCAUUGAGCUGUACGACCAGAGCGCCCAAAUCAAUGCCAGUAUUAACGAGAAGCUAGGGCUCCUUGGCUACAAAAGCAGAACAAGAAAAAAGGACAAAGAGAAUGAGAUAAUCCUCCACGCGAGCAAAGCUCUUGAAAAUAAAAAUGAGAGCGUCAAGUCGCUGCCUACAGAAUACUUGAAGAAACCAGGGGAAAGCAAAUCACACAGUGUAGAGAUGACGGGUGAGUCAUGCAAGCCCAAGAUCAGCCCAGCGCGUAAGGAGCUCAGUUAUUUGCAAGGUUCAACAAAGGCCAACCUGGCUACUCCGUAUCAGGGCCCUGUGGGAAACAGAAAUGAUGCAGGGUUUCCGUUAACCAGAGAGAAGAAAGAAGAUAUGUUUGUCAUUCCACCUGUGGGAGCCGCUAAACUAGCCUCCACUCCUCCAGAGAGGAGAAAAGGGGACUCCGGCAGCAAAGAUCUGCCUCCGAAGUUCUGUGAAUUCCCGCAGAAGACAAUAGCACCCGGCUUUAAGACCUCUGUAUAUGUUUCCCAUAUUAAUGACCUUUCAGAUUUUUACAUCCAGCUGAUAGAAGAUGAAGCUGAGAUCAAUUGUCUUUCAGAGAGAUUAAAUGAUGUCAGAACAAGGCCCCAGUGUCACGCAGGUCCACCUUGGCAAAGCGGAGAUGUGAUAUGUGCCAUUUUCCCAGAAGAUAACUUAUGGUACCGAGCAGUGGUCACGGAACAACAACCCAACGACCUUCUCUCCGUUCAGUUUAUAGAUUAUGGCAACAUGUCUGUGGUCCACACUAACAAAACGGGUAGGCUUGGCCCCAUUGAUGCAGUGCUACCAGCACUGUGCUUCCAUUGCUCCUUAAAGGGGAUUUUGGUACCUGACAUGGUGAGCUGUAAGGAAAUGGUGGGCUACUUUUCCCAAAGGACGGACGAGGCUCAGAUAAGAUGUGAAUUUGUUAAGUUCCUAGGCACCUGGGAAGUGAUUCUCGCCGACGAACACGGAAUCAUAGCUGAAGAUAUGAUUAGCAGGUUUCGGGUCAAUGAAAAAUCUCAAAUGGGGGUUACCACCCAAAUCAUGAGAGGGGACUGUUCAAACUCUGCUAACAAACCCAACAUUGACACUUCCGUGUUUCUUAACUGGUAUAAUCCCAAAACAAAGUCGAUAAGAGCCUAUGCCACCGUCAUAGACGGGCCUGAGUACUUCUGGUGUCAGUUUGCCGAUUCUGAGAAGCUGCAGUAUGUAGAAGCCAAGGUUCAAACUGCCGCAAAGCAGCUCGCAGACAGGGGGAGCUGUGUCCCGUGUCCCCGCGUUGGAGACCCUUGUAUAGUGAGGUACAGAGAAGACGGUCGCUACUACAGGGCCCUCAUCACUAAUAUCUGUGAUGGUCACCUUGCGUCUGUCAGGCUUGUGGACUUUGGGAACGUCGAAGACUGCGUGGACCACAAAGCACUUUGGAACAUCCCUUCUGAACUCGCGGUGAUCCCCAUGCAAGCAUUUCCGUGCUGUCUUUCCGGGUUCACGGUCUCCGGCGGUGUGUGCCCUCAAGAAGAAAACGACUAUUUUUACGAGAUAGCCACGGAAGAUGUGUUGGAAAUAACAAUCCUGGAGCUCAAAAGGGAUGUUUGCAACAUCCCCUUAGCAGUCGUGGAGUUGGAAAGCAAAGGCGAAAGCAUUACCGAGAAGAUGAAGAAAUACGCGAGGGCAGGCAUUCCCAGGCGCGACCCGUACUGUGACAGACAUGGACAUGGCGCAGAGAGACAGGGAGGCCUUAGGCCCACUAGCCCUGACCUUGGCCUUAAGAAACCAAGUCACAAAAUGGUACAGGAUAACAAGUUAUAUGUGGAAACCCGGGCAGGUGAGCUCUCGGAGAGAAUUGAAAAAGAUUUGAACGUUGAAGCCAAGCCAAGUAAAUUCUAUGAACGUAGCACCCGUAGUAUUUUCGGAGCGUUCGAGAGCACGUGCAAAGGUAAAAUGGAUUCUGAAAGGCUAGAUGAUAAAAUGGGUUGCCAUUUUGUGGGCAGAGCCAAGUUUGACGAUAACUAUCUCAUUGCAGGAUUUAACCCACUAAUGUCCCAUGCCGGUGAGCCACAGGAAUUACUGGAGCUAAAUUCUCUGGAGGUACCACUCUCCCCCGAUGACGAAUGCAAAGAAUUCUUAGAACUGGAUUCCAUCGAGUUACAGCACUCUCCUGUCGGAGAGGAAGAGAAAGAGGAGCUAGGCCUGGGGUCUCCAGUGGCACCCCCGUCGUCCCCCGGCUGCGAGGCAGGAGCCACCCUGGAACCAUUUACGGUGCAGCUUCCCCUGGAAUGUGAGACGGCGGCGGAGCAGCUAGACUUGGACCUCCCCACGCCCCAGCUGUCCUUGGAUGACAGCCUAAGUCCUUUAUCCGCAGCUGUCAGUGGGAGCAUCCAGGAAACCAGGUGUGCCGAGGAUGAGAGGAAGUUCAGUUGUGGGGCCUCUUCGGAUGACGGCCACAGCGUGUCACCACCCCUCCACCACGGCAAGAGUGGCGAUUCCCCCACACACGAUGAAAUGAACCUGUUUGAAGAGGAGUUUCCACAAUUUGAAAACAGAGACAAUACUGCCUUAUUGGCACCUUUGUUCUCGCAGGAAGAUGGCAGAGACGGAAGGAAGUGCGGGGGUGCUGUCCCAGCUGUUCAACUACACAGCACCUACACUCUGAAAGGCUUCUCUGUUGGAUCGAAAUGUGUCGUGUGGUCAAGCCAAAGGAACACGUGGUCUAAGUGUGAGAUUCUGGAGCUAGCCGAAGAUGGAACAAGGGUUUUGAACCUCUCAAGUGGUGUGGAGGAGAUAGUAAGCCCUGAGAACGUCUGGAAUGGAAUUCCCAAAGGAGAUAAGAAUGCCUCUGAGGCUGUGCCCCAAACAGUGGGAAAGGACCUCUCCCUCGUGUCAUCGGAUGACGCCACCACCGAAGGCUUUUUUUCGGUUUCAGAGGAGCAAGGUGGAGGUGACACAGACUCGACUCUGGAGGUGUAGACAUGGCCAAUCAGAAGCUGCCUUUAACAAGCCACAUGCUACCCAGACCAAGCAUCCUCAAGGAAACAUAGAGCAUGUGACCCCUGGA